CUUCUUCUCUAAUAAGUCCGUCUUCUCACCGGUCGAAAACCUAGCGUGGAUCCAUAUCGCCUUCCCAAUUACCGCCAUGGCUUCAGCAGCAAAAUCUGUCCUUCAGACACUCAGGCGUUACAUCAAAAAGCCAUGGGAAAUCACUGGUCCUUGCGCCUCUCCCGAGUACAAAUUGGCUGUUCCCAAGGCUACGGAAUACCGUUUGUUCUGUCCCGCCACCAUUCCUGAGAAGGCCAUUAUCCCAUCUUCCGACCCCGAGACCGUCUACGACAUCAAGUACUUCUCCCGCGACCAGCGUCGCAACCGACCGCCGAUUCGCCGUACUAUUCUCAAGAAGGCCGAUGUCGAAAAAAUGAUGAAGGAGACUACUUUCGAUGUCAGCGAUUUUCCCAUCCCUUACCUCACCGCUAAAGUCGUCGAGGACAUGGAUGCCAUUGGCGGAGGUUAUCAGAAAUGAGGUUUCUUUCUAUUCUAUAUUCUGUAGGUCAAGGUUCAAAUGGACAACAACUGGAGGCCUGAAAUGCUGUAAAGGCAAUUAUCAAAACAUUUUUAUUUUUAUUUUUAUUUUCCAUAUCUCCUAUUGAAAUACACAGAAAACUGUGGUUAUGAAUAGACUCCCCCAAUAAAAUUUAUUUGAAUCUCUAACCUCAAUUAUGGUUUGUUUGUGUUACACUGUUGUGGAAUGACAAUUGUUUGUUUUUUCUCUGAAUUUUAUUAGAAGAGAUGUGAAUUAUGCCCA